UAUCAGUUUACACCAGGUUUGAUCAGGAUGAUCAGGCUCUGCUCAGCUCUGCUGCUGUUAUUUCUAACAGUGGUUAAUCUUGUCCUGCUCACCCAGGCUGAACACAUGAAGACCUUCCACCUUGGAGAUACCGUCACCCUGCACUGUUCCAUCUCUUCUGUAGAUAGCACCUACUUCUACUGGUUCAAACAGGCAGUAGGGGAGUCACCUCAAAGUAUAAUGUCUGUUUACAGUUAUAAUAUGGAACUUGUAUUUUAUGGGGAGUUCCAAGGGGAUCAGCGCUUUGCAGUGCAUAAAAACUCGACAAACAUGAGUCUGACCAUUUCAAAUGCAAAGCCCAUGGAUUCCGGCUUCUAUUUCUGCUGCACACGAGAGUAUGAGCGCAUCAUUUUCUGGAACAAUUUUUUCUUGAAAUAUGAAGGUCUAGGAACUACAAAGAAGUAUUUUAGUCAGCAGCCUGUGUCUAACUCAGUCCACCCAGGAGACUCUGUGACCCUGCAGUGUACAAUAGAGACUGAGAGCUGUGCAGGAGAACACGGUGUUUACUGGUUCAAACAUGGAUCAGGAGAAUCCCUUCCAGGAGUCAUUUACACCCAUGGGAACAGGAGUGAUAAGUGUAAGAAGAGCUCUGAGGCUGGAUCUCCUACACAGAGCUGUGUCUAUAGCCUCCCCAAGAGGAACCUUAGCCUCUCUGAUGCUGGGACUUACUACUGCGCUGUGGCCAUGUGUGGGGAGAUCCUCUUUGGGAAUGGGACCAAGCUGAACAUUAAAGGUACUGACCAAGAAAACCAAGCUGAUCCUUUAGUCCUUGGUUUAACAAUAUCCAACAUUUUAUGUGUGAUAUUGAUAAUCGUCCUUAUCUAUAUUCAGAAGACCAGAAUACAACGAAAAACACAUCAUCCGUUCUCCACUAUGCCACAUAGUGAGACUCAUGACCCACAACAACUACUUUACAAUGAAUGCAUUUUCCCAAAGAGGAAAUCAGAGAUGGGGCCGAGGAUGCAAAAAACCAACACCGAUGUUUUAUAUUCUGACAUUAGACUUAGAGAAUGAGACAGUCACCAUAAUGCUGUAUAGCCUUUUUGCCAAACCAUACAUUAACUGCUACUUGAUAUGUAAGAAAACUUUUAUGAUAUCCUGAUUCAUAAUAUAAUGAUGAUAAAUGGUAUAACUAUGUCUUAUAAUAAAAAAUACAUUUUUACCUGCUCCUGCCUUUGUGUCAGAAUCCACAGAUAAUGCAUAACUACAUCACCUUAUAUUCAGUAGUUAUGUGUUAAUUUUUUAUAAGUUUUACAUGUUAUACAUGACUGAAAUGUAAAUGCUGGAACUCAUUGAUUUGCACAAAUGCAUAAAUAUUACUCGGAAUUGGAAACCAAAUAAUGUUUCCCUGUGACACAAUGGCUGGUUAGGAAUCCAACAUUCACCAGCAGAGGGCAAUCAGCACCACACAGGCGAAUGAUAAUUUUGGUUUCCUAGGCCUCAAGAACUUCCAAUGGGAUAUGGCCUCAACAGGGGGUGGAAUAGUGUUCUCUUGCAGGGCUUCAAGCUUAACUCUGGGAAAAGCCAGGAAAUAAGGCAAAGGGCAAGCCAUUUAUGCACGCUUCUUUAGCCUGACAGUGAGUGGAAUCAGAAUCAGAAAACUUUUAUUAUGCUGCAGGAAGUUGUUUGUGAUUACAAACUGCGCAGUACACUACCACACGUGUAGACACAAGGAAGUGGAGACAGACAGUUUUGCAUGCAGUGGAUUCAGGAAUAAUGUCUACUUGGUGGGGAACUGGGAAUCACAGUAAAUCCAGCAAAUGGAAGUAUACAGAAUGAGAUAAAAGCAAUGGGGAAAGAGCAGGGAGGAAAUAGUAUGCUUGGUAAUUGCACAUUGAAACAAUUUCUUGCAACUGGUUGUGGGGUUUGGCCGAGUUUUAUAGGCACAGAGAAUCACAGGAACCUGUAUGGAAAUGGGCUGCUGCCAAGAGCAGACUGUAGCAGCAGUGUGGUGCUUAGCAGCAGUACUCAGGCUAGCUCAGGCCCAGAUCAGAUAGAGGAGGAUGGGGAAGGUGGAGAGCAGUUA